AAUAAACACAUUUCGCACUUUUUGAAUUAGAGGACAGGACACCCAAGUGCAAUCUGAUAAUUGUACAUAGAAACGUUCAAGGGAAAAUAAAUUAUUAAUUAAAUUAUCACGGAUAUUAAUUAAAUGAAUGAUCACGGAACCUUUUAUUAGUUAUUUUUUUCAGUUAGAUGUGUAUAAAUAACACUGACACUUGACUCGUUUCCGUUUAAACUCUGAUCUUUUUUUGUUCCCUCUUCUCUUCCGGAGCAAGCAUCUUCUUCAAAGAAGCAAAGGCACGAUCUUUAUAUUCCUAUUUUGGUUCUUUCUUAUGAUUAGGUUAUAUUACGAGUUAUCAUCUUCGUUACCAGUUAUGGUUCAUGCGAAACUUGAUUCUUAACUACUCCUUUGUGAUCGAAUGGGUUUUGCUUUCUUCAAAUCUUGAUGAUCCUGGGUUGAAUCGGUUAGGAUAGUUCCCGGUUUGUUCAUGGUUAACUGAUUUUAGGAUCGGAAUCUUUGCUUCUUCUUGAUCAAUGGUUAUCGGAAUCUUUGCUUCUUCUUGAUCAGUCGUUGAUACUCUUUGGUAGAUUAUUAUGCCUUUAUAAUCUGCAUCGUCAGAAAUCUGAAUCUUCGUGGUGGUACGUAAUGGGAUCUUGUAGGUUUCGCAUAUUCUUCUUCAAGUGCCUUGAUGGACAAAAACGAGCCAUUUGUGAGGAACGAGGUGGAUGACGUAACGCCAAAGAAACCAGAUGGUAAGGUUCUUGUUUUUUGUAUAUUUCUUCUUUGUGUUUGUUCAUCAUAUAACCAAAACCACUUCUUCUUUGUGUUUGUUCAUCGUGCAGAAUCCGCGUCUGCAUCAUCUCUCCAUGGGUCUGACGAAACGCCAAAGCAGAGUACCCAAAGCAACCAAACGGAUCAGGGAUCACCACUUGUUCCGUUACAAGAAUCUCCCAACGUUAAAGAUGAAUUUCCUAAGUUAACUGGCACAAUUCAAAGCAAAAAGGACCUGAGGACCGCUUAUCUCAAAGCUCCUAAAGCCACCCAUGGUUCAAUGCCAAAGCAGAGUCCUCAAAUCAACAAGACCUUUCCCAUGGGUCAGAGUUCACUACAUCUUCAAUUACAAGAAUCUCAUCUCAGCAAUUCCACAACCACCCACGGCUCCUCGCCAAAACCAGACUUGUCUUCACUUUCUACAACAACAGCUACGCAAGAACCGUCAGCUUCUGCUGAACCGGGCUCUGCUCAUACAAGAUAUAGAAUAAGACUGCCAGUUUUCAAAGAGCUUUGCUCGGGUGUGGAGUUUCAAUGGUAUGGACCGCAAGAACCAGACUUGCCUUCUUCAUCUGGAAAAGGAACCAUGCCAGCAAACAGUCCGUGUGCACCAAAGGUUUCUGCUGAACCAUUCACCCUCAGUACGAGCUCUCCACCAAGACAAGCUUCCGAGCAACUCUCCUGUGAUCAUCAGAAUUCAGGGGAUGAUAGUCGCACCAGUGAAGUAGCUUAUCCUAAACUAAGCAUAGAAAGACAAAGGAAAAAGGAUCUGAGGAGUGCUCACCUCAAAACUCCCACAGCCACUCACAGCAACACUACUACCACAACCACCCAUGGCUCCACGCCUUCUGUUGAUGUACCGGGAACAGUGACCCAAGAACCAGACAUGUCAUCAGCUUCUGAUGAUAAACGCCAAGAUGAUGAGAUCACAGCACCUGAUCAGGAUCACUCAGCUUUGGAUGACAAUCUUUAGUAAAAACUUUCCAUAUAAACUUCAUUUAGGUUUGGUUUGGUUUGCUUUGCUUUUCUGAAUUCCAAGAAAACUACUUCUGGUUUUGAUUUUGGUUCUAUAAGAAACCUAAAUUUGUUGGUUAACCCAUCAUGAUAUUUGCAAUGCUAUGUAAAAUGAAUUGCAGACCAACGAGAUGAAUCAUUUAUUGGUUAGAAACCCAUUUGUGUAGAUUAGGUUAUUUCAUACUUAUUGUUUUCAUUGAAAAUAUUCAGUUCCAUAAAAUUCUGAGUUAGUUUAUAUAUAAAAGCAGCAAAACCAUGAAAAUCUCCACAAUCAAUCCCAAACUAUACAAUGAUCUAAAUCCCAUCUUUUCCCAAUUUAAAAUUCUUUCCAUUCUGUUUUCUUAUUGCCUUUUUAUUAAGUUUCUUGCUAAGCAAGCAACCAUAAAAAUAUCUUAAAAAAGAAGACGUAGGCAACACAAGACAACUUACUACACCCAAUCAAAGAUCUAUGGAGAGAGAGACAGUAGGCAAGAUCUUUCUCUUUGUGAAAUGAGCUAGUGGUACAUGGGAAAGAUUGCUGAAACGAUUAAAGCAGAGAGUAUUGUUCCAAAGUUUUAUCAGAUUGAGCAGAAAUUGUAUGGUCUUAAACAAGUUUCUAUACGAAGUUGAUCACAAUUUGGGAAAAUUUUAAGAGUCCACAAGAUUAUCAUAUAAACAGAGUUCUCAUCUGCUUUUACGACCUAUAGAGAUUUUACCGAUCAGUAUGUUGAACUCGGAAAUCGACAUCAAUGGGAGUGUUCAUACAAAUCAUAAGGUGCCCACAAUGUGUCUAAAGGACAUGGAAGCUUCUAGGUUUGGGGAAAGUUGAACGAAUUAGAGAUUCUAGGUUUUGAAUCUCGGAGGAGACGAGGAAGUGGAAGAAGACGCUUUCAGGACACAAUUAGUGUUGCAGGAUUGAAUUCACGGCUGCGAUUGAGCCACGGAGGUAAACGAUGUCGAGUGUGAUGGCUACGUGGACGAGAUUAGGGUUACAGACGCCGGAAUAGUCGCCGGAGGAUCUGCAUUACGAAAUAUUGAAGAUUCUCUAAACAAACACCGGACUGCACUAUCCCUUAAUGGGCUGCUUUUAACUGAUUCGAAAAUAGUUACUUUUAAUGUGUGUUGGGCCACUUGGCUGAACUAGGCCUUAUUGGCUGAACUGGGCCUUAUUGGUUUUGUAUCAUUUUAUUUCUCAUGGUUUUUAAUAGAAAAUCCUU